AUGUGUUUGGCAACCUCGCAUGGAAGGGGUCCAGCUGUGGCAAGUACUACAGUUGUUCCAAUCACAACAACUUCUUCGUCUUCCACGACAUCUUCUACCACUACUACAACUGUCCCAGUAUCUACAACCACAUCUACAUCCAGUACUACUACGACUACUGUACCAUCUACCACAACCUCCAGUGCUACUACGACUACUGUACCAUCUACCACAACCUCCAGUACAACUACAACUACCGUACCACCAACAACAACAUCUACUACCACUACAACUACCGUACCACCUACAACAACCUCCACUACUACUACAACUACCGUACCACCAACAACAACAUCUACUACCACUACAACUACCGUACCACCUACCACAACCUCCAGUACCACUACAACUACCGUACCACCAACAACAACAUCUAGUACCACUACAACUACCGUACCACCAACAACAACCACCAGUACAACUACAACUACCGUACCACCAACAACAACCUCCACUACUACUACAACUACCGUACCAGCAACAACAACCUCUACUGCCACUACAACUACCGUACCACCAACAACAUCUACUACCACUACAACUACCGUACCACCUACAACAACCUCCACUACCACUACAACUACCGUACCACCAACAACAACAUCUAGUACCACAACGACAACGACUACUACGCUACCAACUACCACAACAACAAUGAUGAUUCCGAUUUGUUCUUUGGAUUCACUUACUUUCGGAAAAGGAGACAACUUUCAACCUCAAGUGGAUAUCGACGUAACUUAUUCAAACUUGGUUGCUAACAUAAUUCCUGGCACAAUGGAUAUGCAAUCACUUUCUACAAUGCAGAUCAGUUGCACUGCGAUAGCCGGAUACAAUGCGUAUAUGAUCUUCGAUGUCUUCAAUCAGCCGGCUGAAAAUCAAGGAUUUCCACAAUCAGUGACAGUUAAUGCACAGUGCAACAGUGCAGACAUGAUUUGGUAUUAUGUAUUAGUGUUGAAUGGGGUCACAUAUACAAGAGUUAUUAAUUCCAUUACAUGCCAACAAGCACCAAAUUGA